AUCCUUUUCCAAACUAAAAAACAAAACCAACGCCUCCCCGCCUAAACCCUUUAGCUAAUAAACAAAACCUUUUUUUCAAUUAACCCUUUUCCGCUUCUGCUCGAGCUCAAAUUCGGCGACCGGCAGUCCGAAUCGCCGGCGGCUACUGGAUUGAAGCUCUACUUCAACUGAUAUUCCCAACUACGCCGCUCCUGCUCCUGCUCCUGCUCGGCCACCCUCUGUUCGCUGAUACUCACAUACAAACCCUAAUUCCCUAAUUCUCUCUUUCUAUAUAUUCACAUUAACACCAUUACACUUUUUUUUGGAUUGCUAGAAGCGGAAUUGGAUAAUGGAUAAGAGGACGUCUCGUAAGGAAAUUAGAAAAGAAGCUCGGUCGGCUAAAAAGCAGAAGAAGUUUGAUUCAUGGCUCCAACAUCAACAAACACAAAAAAUGCGGAGAUCAUUGCCAAAUUUAAAAUCAACACAGGCAAUCCAGUCACGGAAGAAUAGCCAAGCUCAAAGACAUGAACAUCUUCCUUCCUUAAAUUCCAGCGUUCGAGUUAAGAAAGACUUAGAAACUUUUCCACGGGUAGAUGCUUCUAAAGUGGAAAAUAGGAGCUUGAAAAGGACAGAAGGCUCAAAUAGAAAAGCAAAGACCUCUAUGGAGUCCAGUGUUGACUUGCAGGCAUCUCCACGGUUGGAAUCUUCUAAGGUGGAAAAUAGGAGUUUGAAAAGAAAGGAUGCCUCAAAUAAAAAUUCAAAGACAAUAUUUAUGGAGUACCUUGAAAUGGAAAAGAAGGGAGAAGCUACCUCCGCAGACAUAGAUUUGAGAUUGGAGAGAAAACACGCUAAGAAACUCAAGGUGAAGAAUGAGAAAUUGCAAGGAGAUGAUGAUAUUGAUAUGUUACUUGAAGGAAGUGAAUCUUUGGAGGGUACUGAUAUUGACACUUCGCGCAAGAAACAGAUAAAGAAGUCGGUGGAUGAAGUUUUAAAUGGUAAAUUUGUUCCUGAGGAUGGGAAGUUUGAUCCUUCAUGUGUUAGCGAUGUUGAUCACGGAAACACAGAUUUACAGACCAAGCAAAAAGAGUCAAAGAAGAUGAAAAGAAAGAAAACGAAGUUUGAGGAGUAUCUUGAAACUGAAAUGCGUGGAAGGGUUAUUUCAGCAGAUGAUGAUCUGGCUUUGGAAAGAAAGCUUGCGAAGAAGCUCAAGGUGAAGGGAGGGAGAUUACAGGGGGGUGAUGAUGAAAUGAAUAUGUUAUUUGAGGGAAUAUCUUCAGUUCUAGAUUCUUGUGAGGAUGAAAAUAGACAACUUGCUGGAGAAGUGUCUCCAAGGAGUGAUAAGAGCUCCUCAAAUAAAAGAUAUAAAGAGAAAAAAUAUAAUAAAGAAGCACAAGGAGAAGAUCAAGAACAGGAGGGAGAGCAGAAAGCUGAGAGCACUCUAUGCUGUACAGAUGCGAAGGCAACAGCUGGAGAAGUUUUAUCUGCUGGAUCCGCUGCCAAAGGAAAUGGAAAAUACGUUGCUCCACACCUGAGGUCACACCUCAGAAGUGAAUCAGAAGAGCAUGCUCAAAUUCGUCGACGACUAAGAGGUCUUCUGAAUAGGAUGUCCGAGGCUAAUGUUGAAUCGAUCACUAGUGAAAUUUCCACGAUCUACCAGUCUGUUGGUCGAACUUUUGGUUCUCAGAUUAUCAGUGAAGAGGUUUUGGCAUCAUGUUCUAGAGGUCCUCGUGGCAAUGAACAGUAUGCAGCAGUUUUUGCUGCUUUUGUUGCUGGCAUGACAUGUUUGGUUGGGAUGGAUUUUGGCGCAAAACUUCUGGCAUCUCUGGCUAAAUGUUUUGAGGAUGAGUAUCUGAAUGAAGAUAACCUGUCUGUUAGGAACCUGAUGCUUCUGCUCUCGUACUUGUACACUUUUGGAGUUUGCUUAAGUGACUUGAUAUAUGAUUUCCUGGUGACGUUGAGCAAUAGAUUGACAGAAGUGGAUGUUUCUACCAUAUUGACAGUCCUACAAGCUUGUGGGAUGAAAUUGAGAGGUGAUGAUCCCGUUGGCAUGAAGAACUUUAUAGUUAGCGUUCAGAAUAGGGUGAAUGAAUUGAAAGCUUCAUCUGGAGAAGGGCAAUCAAACACUAUCGGAAAAAGGAUGGAGUUCAUGCUUGAGAUGAUAUGUGAUAUCAAAAACAAUAAAAAAAGGACCAAGGAGGAUACCUUGCAGCUUACCCGAAUAAAGAAAUGGCUACAAAAGCUUAGAAUAGAUGAUAUAUUGAUUCGUGGAUUGAAGUGGAGCAAGCUUCUUGAUCCUUACAAGAGAGGCCAAUGGUGGAUAGCUGGGAAUAUUGAUUCCACAACAACUGAUAUUCAAGAUGUUGCCAACACAAUUGACUUGGAGGUCACUGAGGCUCAAAAGAUGCUCCAGCUUGCCGCUGCUCAGAGGAUGAACACUGAUGCAAGAAGGGCAAUAUUCUGCGUAAUAAUGAGUGGGGAGGACUAUAUUGAUGCAUUUGAGAAACUUCUAAGAUUGGAUUUGUCAGGCAAGCAGGAUAGGGAAAUCAUGAGAGUUUUGGUAGAAUGCUGUUUACAGGAGAAAGCUUUUAACAAGUACUAUUGUGCUCUAGCUUCCAAGUUAUGCAGCCAUGACAAAAACCAUAAGUUCACUCUGCAGUACUGCCUCUGGGAUCAUUUCAAGGAGCUCGACUCGAUGCAGCU